UUUUGUCUCUUGAGACCAUUUUAUGAUUUUUAGAUCUUAAUAAUUUACCCAUUGAAAAAGAUUCUGAGCGUGUAUUACGAAUUGAAAGCGAAGAUUUUACGACGAGCUGCUUGCCUGAAGGCGCGACUGGCACGAUUUCAGGAAACAACGAUGGAAACUUGUUGUAGAGGUGGCAGUUGUUAACCGACAACGAAGCAAGGGGGAACGGACGACACAUUUCUGAUUUUAGGAGAGAAAAGAAAGAAAAUAAGGUGCAUGGAGAAAGCAGGGCUGCAUGAUCCACAGUGAGGACAAAAGACCUGAGACUGUGAACAGAAUCUGCAUUGUUGGAGGAAGUGGGCAUGGAGGAUAACAUGACCAAUGUUUCCAAGGACAGGAAUAAUAGGUGGGAGAAAAUACAGGAAGGAUUACAAUUUAUCCAGUCUACAUUACCCUACCCUGGACCAGAUGGGGAGUAUGAGAUAUUUCUUCAAGAACUUGUGAAAAACCUAUAUGAUGAGGGAAAUGAUAAGUUCCGAGAAGGCAACUGGGCAGAAGCUUUGAAUCAAUAUACUGAAGCCUUAAAUGUGGCUGAUUAUGCAUCUGAAGAAAUCAAUAUUGUGGAUGGCGUCCUAGAGAAACUUUAUGCAAAUCGUGCAGCAUGUUAUCUGAAUUUGGGUCUCUAUAAUCAAGUACUAGAGGAUUGUGACAAAGCUUUGCAACUGAAUCAUAAUAAUUACAGAGUGCUCUUUCGAAAAGGGAAAUCCUUGAAAGAAUUAGGAAGGCAGAAAGAAGCCUAUGAUGUUGUUGUAAAGUGUUCACUAGCUGUGCCACAUGAUGAUGCUGUAAUAAAAUUAACCCAGGAGUUGGCUCAGAAAUUAGGAUUAAAAAUUCGGAAAGCUUAUGUUCGAGCACAGCCUCCAAUGAUUGCUGCCAGUUCCAGUAUUUCUGCUGAAUCUUCUAAACAAGCCAUCAAUGGUUUGGAUUCAGUUGAAGACAUUGAAACAGAUUUCCCAGGAUUAAGUCGGGAAUCUCCAGUUUCCGUACCUGAAUCGUUGGAUGAAAUCCCUCAAGCUACAUGUGAAUCGGUCCCUGUUCUAGUUGCUUCCAAUUCUGCCUCGCCUACGGUACAUCAGUCAGAGAAAAGCGUCCCUCCCACGGCUGCAGUAAUGAAUGGAGGAGGGGUUACUUAUCCAGUGCCCGAGGCAUGUGCAGACUUUACUGAUGGAGACAAGAUAGGAGAGGACCUGGAUGAGCUGCUUGAUUCAAUGUCUACUAUGGAAGAAUCUCCAAUGGAACCCACGAAUCUUAAGGGAAGCAUUUCAUCCAGCUUGCCAGACAAACAGCCUUCUGUCUUGCCACUUCAAGUUACAAGUAGUAAUGUUCCUUCAGUAACUCUACCAUCAGUCUAUUCAUUAACUAUGAAUAUGCUACCAUAUGAUAAUUUUGGCUCCAGGAUGGAUUCUUUAGACUCAUUACCUAUUAUGGAAUCUCAAAGAGCAAAACCGUUGAAUAUUGGAACAGGGGCUGGAGCACGAGGACACAGUGGUACCAUUCCUUAUGUGGCUCAAAAUAGUGCAAGUAGUCUUUUUGGUAAUAACAGCAAUAUAGGAGUUGUUGGUCAAAACGGGAGUGCCUUUUCAAGAGGAACAGAAAUGGCAACAACUGAAUUAUCCACACAACUGGCUGGUGGAAAACCACUGUCAGAAACGCAUGAAUUUAAACAGGCCUGUCUGUCUUGUUUCAAAAUAGAUCCCAAAGAAUUGACUUGCACCUAUACCGGAGAAGGGGAACAUAAAUGUAAGAAGGAUAUUUUAAUUGGUAGGUUGAAGAAUUUGGAAGAGGGGUCUUGGAAGAAGAUACGACCUAGACCAACCAAGAAUCAGUAUGUGGGACCCUAUUACAUAUGUAAAGAGGUUGCUGCAGGGGAAGUGUGUAGAUAUCCUGGUCACUGCACAUUUGCGUAUUGUCAAGAGGAAAUAGAUGUAUGGUCCCUAGAACGCAAAGGAGAAUUAAACCGUGAGCUGCUGUUUGAACCUUCGGGAAAUAUCAGGAAAAUUAACUUAACUGUUGCCAAAAUUCUGCAGGAACACCAUGGCAUUUUUAUGUUUCUUUGUGAGAUCUGUUUUGAUAACAAGCCCAGAAUGAUACACAAACACGACAAGGAUAACCAAGCCUUCUGUUCCAAUCCCGAUGCCAAGCAUUUAUUUAAUAGGAACAAGUGCCUCGUUCACAUUUUUCGAGAGACAACAGUGAAAUAUUCUAAAAUUCGCCCUUUUGAAAACACCAAACAGCUUGAUCUCUGCCGGCAUGAAGUGCGCUUUGGUUGUCAUAGAGAAGAAGAUUGUUUCUAUGCACACAGUCUAGCUGAACUGAAAGUCUGGAUGAUGCAACGAGAUACAAAUAUAACUCAUGAAGCAAUUACUCAGGAAUCGAAGAAGUAUUGGCAGAUCAUGGAAGCAAGUGUCCAGGCAGGGCAGGUACCUGUUGGUGUAUCGAAAUUUAAGAACCCCAACUUAAAGCUGAUGUUUGUGUGUGGACAGUGCUGGGGGAAUGGACAGGUCAGUGAGCCAGACAAGAACAGAAAAUACUGCAAUACUAAAGCAAGACAUCUUUGGACCAAAGAGCGUCGUGUGCUUCUAGUGAUGUCCAAUGAACGUAAAAAGUGGACAACUAUACGCCCUUUUCCAUCAAAGAAACCAAUUCCACAACAAUUUGAUUUAUGCGUGCAUAUAGCUAAAGGAAAGAAAUGUGGGUACAUUGGGAACUGCUCCUUUGCCCACAGUCUCGAAGAAAAAGACAUGUGGACCUAUAUGAAAGACAAUAGCCUCUUAGAUAUGGAACAGCUAUAUGAAAAGUGGCUGAAGAGCCACGAGCCAGAGAAAGAAGAAACAGCUUCUGUACCAAAGGAAAAUGGGAAGCAGAUACACAUGCCUACGGACUAUGCUGACCUUGCGACUGGCUAUCAUUGUUGGCUGUGUGGGAAGAACUGCAACAGCGAGAAACAGUGGCAGCAGCAUAUAACCUCGGAGAAACACAAAGAGAAAGUUUUUAGCUGUGAAGAUGAUCAAAACUGCUGGCAACAUCGCUUUCCAACAGGACAAUUCAUUGUUUGCGAAAUGCACCUGGCUGGUACUUGUGUGGAUAAAGAGAAUUGCCAACUUGCCCAUAGUGAAGCAGAAUUGCAAGAAUGGAUGGAUCGAAGAGAAGUUCUAAAACAGAAACUAGCCAAAGCCAGAAAAGACCAUUUGAUUGCCCCAGAUGAUGACGACUUCGGCAAAUUUGAUUUUUUGAUUAAAGAAUUAAAUUAAUAUAAUAAUCAUGGAAUGUUCACAUUAUCAGAUAUGUAUUGGAAAUUGCCAUCUCAAUUGAAACUGAAGCUAAGAAGCAUAUAGCAGUAAUUCUUUGAAUUACCUCCUGCUUUACUUUCCUACAGUAAUGAUUGCUGUGGUCUUGUGAAAGUGGCAUAUGGUAGAGGGCAGGAGCACAGCGGUAUUCCCUGCACGUUGGCACGGUAUUGUAUGGCCAUUGACGAUGUUCGUGAAAGCUGCUACCUUAUUUCAAGAUGACACGCAGCUCAACAAUACAAAUGGGAAAUAUUGCAAUGGAACACAUUUUUAUGAUACUCUUUAUAAUGUCAUAGGAAUACAUUUCAAAUCUCCUAGAGAUAUAGGAAAAGCUUAAGAUUUUUAUGAAUAUGACUCAAAGAUUAUUGUCGUAAGCACAUUGAGUUUGCAAAAUAGGAACAGCAGAGGAAUUGGGAUCAAUAAUGCGGAAAAGCAAUUUUGAAAGAUUUUAAUGGUUCAGAGAUGCAAAGUUAUCAUCAUUGAAUGUGUUAGAACAAUAGGAUACUAUUUAUGAUAACAUUUCUUUCUUCUUGAAUAAUACACUUUAAACAAAGUCAUUCAUCAGUAUACAGGAUGAAUGGAUAUACAUUUUACCAGCAUCCUCUAUUGGCAAUAGGGAAAUGGGUGUUAAAGAACAGCAUAAAAUAAUUUGGUUUCUGGACUAAAACCUAUUAUGUUUUGGUUUUAUAUAUAUUGCUUGCUAUUUAAAUGUUGAUUUCCUUUUAAAAUUACGUGAACUGCCAGUUGGCAAAAAUUAUAUGGACCAAUAAUGUCAUUAAUAAAGAAUAUGAAAUGGUUUACAUUUUA